CGUUCACUCAGAGUACACUGGUUGCCAUGGGAGAGUUCUGAGUUAGUGGCGUCGUAUAGCUUGUUUUAUAGCACAUACACGGACGAAACAGCGUGCGAAGAAGUGCGAUGAAAUGCAGUACGUUCGUGCAUUCAUCUGCUGAAAUGCCUUUGAAGAGAGCCAGCAGUACAUUUAAUUGGAGUGGAGUUAUGAGUCCAUCAACCUCCUGCUAAUAAUAACUCCUGAAAUUUACUUACCCACUGGACCUGAUGUUCAAUCACGAUUUCAUGUCUCAUGGCUGGAAAUCCUGCAGGAUUUGAGGAAUCAGAAUCCAGACAUUACCAUGCAUUGCUAAUAUAAGCUGAUCUGUGUUUAUUGUCUCUGAUGGAGCUGAAAGUUUGGGUGGAUGGAGUUGUACGAGUGGUUUGCGGCCUGUCAGAAGAGACAUCAUGUCAGGACGUAGUCAUUGCACUUGCCCAAGCCAUUGGCCAGACGGGUCGUUACGUUCUCAUUCAGAGACUGAGGGACACUGAGCGCCAACUUCUGGCCAAUGAGCGCCCACUGGAGUCCCUGGCCAAACUGGGCCAACACAGCAGUGAGGUGCAGUUCUUCCUGCGGAGGACUGGUCCCAGUAGCAGUGAAGAACAAAGUCAGCACAACCGCACCCUCCCUCACUCCAAGCCUUCCACAUCAGAACCCAAACGGGGACUGCCGAAGAAGUCUUACACCUUCAACUUGGGCCCCUCCAGUUCUCCCCAUGUGAAAACUAAGGACUCUCGCAAAACACCCUCUCCUGAACAGAGGGCAUCCCCAGUUCCGCACGCGCAAUACCUUCCAGGGCCAACUAAAGAGGAGGUGUUCCGGCAUGUUCUCCAGCAACGGGAGCAGCUACGUGCCCUCGAGUCCCAACUGUUGGCUGUGGACAAGGAAUGUGAGACUUGGGAACAGGCGCCUGCUGAUGAAUCAUCCCUUCAGGCAGAAAUGGAAGUUUUGGAGAAGGCCCUGUGGAAGAACCAGCAAGAGUUGGUGGACGAGGAGUUCUGGGAGGAGGAACUAAGGAUAGAGACCGAAAGGGAGCGUGGGAUGAAGCGGCGGUUAGGAGAGCUGCAUGCUAAACUGGAUGAUUGUGGGCAAAAGUUGCAUGAAUUCAACACUCGCGCCAUGCAGCUGGAGGAGGACAUUAAAAGAGAAAUGCUGCAGGUGGACAUCUUGCCCACCCAGUCUGAUUCAAAAGACUCUUUGGAGGUAGUCGAGGCAGAUCUUCAAAGUCGACAAAAGCAGGGGGAGGAAUUGGAGGCGGAGCUUUUAGAGCUUGAGAAGGCUUUGGGGAGGGCGGAGACUCUGCUGAAGGCUAAGCAGGAGGAAGUGGAGGAGUUGAAUAAGGAGCUGCGACAGUGUAAUUUACAACAGUUUAUUCAGCAGGCUGGAGCUCUGCCUACACAUACUCAACCCCGCACAGACAUCACUGAAAACCCAGAACAACAGGACCCGAGUCAAGAACAGCAGGACAAACAUAAAGACAGUGAUUCGCCCCCACGUCCCACUGCCAAGCAGUUCUUGGGUCAUCCACGCAACCUGCAGCACCCCCUGGUGUCCAGCCUGAAUCCUGAGGUCCUGACAUCCAGAGAAUCGUCUUGGCGGUAAUAAAGCUGAAGCACAGGGCUAAGGAUUUAUAAUGACUUUCUGCUUAUACUCAACUCUGCUGUCUUAACCUGUCGCCUAUAUAACCGUUUAUGUUAUAUAUUCACUGUAUAUAUGAAAUAUAUAUUUACUACUUUUUGGUACAUUUCAAACCAUGUAUUUACUGUAAAAUAUUACCAGAUUUUAUCUCGAGAACUUUUACUUUUGUCUAUGUAUUUAAGUACAAUAAAGACUGUGCGUCGUGUCUCAGAUGA